AUGCUCUUGGCUCCACCACCGACCACGUCUUCCCCCUUACCCCUCCUUUCCUCUCCUGGUACCAAGGGGUUCAACCUGGGUCAAUUUCUGUCACAACUUCUACCAUACGUGGUGGUGGCGACAGCGGUGUCGGCGCUGACGUGGCCGGCGACGUUCUCGUGGUUCAGCAAGCGGUACUACGCGCCCGCACUGGGCGGCAUCAUGCUAUCCAUCGGCGUGCAGCUGUCCGUCAAAGAUUUCAAGGCCGCCAUUGAAAAGCCUGUGCCCGUCGUCCUGGGUCUCCUAGUGCAGUACACCGUCAAGCCGCUAAUCCCGGCCGCCAUAGCCGCCACCUUCCGCCUGCACCCCGCGUUCGCCGCGGGCUUCCUUCUCACCGCCAGCGUGUCCGGCGCGCAGCUCUCCAGCUACGCGUCCUACCUGGCAAAGGCUGAUGUAGCGCUCUGCAUCGUGCUGACCAGCCUCAGCACUUUCGCCUCCGUGGCACUCACGCCCAUCCUCACCUCGCUGCUGAUUGGCUCAGCCAUCCCCGUCGACCUCCUAGCCAUGUCCAAAUCCAUCCUGCAAGUCGUCAUCCUCCCCGUCUCCCUCGGCCUCAUCCUCAACACCUACGCGCGGAAAUUUGUCGACCAAAUUCGACCAGUCAUGCCGCUGCUAGCCAUAGUCUGCACUUCUCUCUGCAUAGGCAGCCCUCUAGCCAUCAACCGGUCCCAGAUCGUCUGCCUAAGCGGCCUCCUGCUGCUCCCGCCGGUCCUCGCCUUCCACCUCGCGUCCUGCGCCGCUGGGUUCUGGUCCGCGAAGCUUCCUGGAAUGGGGCAGAGCGAUGAUGUGGCGAGGACUUUAUCUCUAUGCGGUGGCAUGCAGAGCAGCGUUCUGGCCAUGCUGCUGGCAUCGCAGUUCCUAGGGUCCACCCACACUGUGCCGGCCUCCGUAUCUGUUGUGCUCAUGUCUAUCAUUGGGCUCAGCCUGGGAAGCUUCUGGGGGUCGGGAAGGAAGCUUCUGGGGGCCUGGGAAUAUGCUGCUCCAACUGACGGGUAG